AUAAUUUUGUCCGUUGUUCGCCAGACUGACCUCUAGGCUAUUGCCUUCUAACACUCCAAAUUUCAUUCUGCCGUGAGCAGCCCCGAGGGUGUCGUCGUAUUGGCCAAGAACGAAGAGAAUUCAGUUUUUUGUGCACGAGCUGCGCGGUUAUUUGGCUUAUGGGUAAGACAUGUAAGCAGGAUCGACAGAGUGGCGUUAAGGCGUUGAUAGCCUAUUACGAGAGCAUAUGUCGUAAUGGGGGCAAGGGCGCGUCGACCAAGAAGGUCGCGCAGCUGAAGAAGAGCUUGUCGUUAGAAAGGGGUCAGCUGAAGAAGUCUAUGCUCGUUUCCAAAUCAGCGUUUUUCGAGGUACACGCGAAGAAGCAAGUGUCGGACGACAGCCAGGUCGUGGCGAAGAGAGACGAAGCGCAUGAAGACGGCGAGAAACAGAAGUUUUACGAGGGUUUAUUGAGAAGAGCUCUGAGGGAGUUUGUCAGGUUGAGGGAAGACCCCCUGUCGCAGCUAGGACAGGGGCAUUACGUGAGGUCCAUACCAGAAGACGGACUAGAGGUUCUGUGCAGAGGGUCUGUCAGCUCGAAGGAAAUUUCGGACGACCGAAUGUCAAAGUCGGACCUCAAGAGGUUUCGAUGUGCGAGAGAGAUACUGGAGAGCGAACGGACGUACAUCUUGUCGUUGAGACGUUUAAAGAAGUGUUUUUUAGAUCCCAUUUCUUUUGUGUCGCAGGAGGAACUGAAUCUGAUUGCUGGCAAUAUGAUGUCAAUUUUGUCUCUGAGCGAGAUGUUUUUCGAAAACUUGUCGUUUAGAAUGGCGUACUUCGACCCAGACACGACGCUGCUGGGAGACGUGCUGGCCGUGUUCGUGCCGCUGAUUUCGAUUUACACGGAGUACUGCUACAGACAUCGCGAGCGUGUGCAGACAAUCAGAAGACUUAGCGCGGAGAACGCGCGAUUCCGCGGAGUACUUGAAAGAGGAACUGCCGCAUCGAACGGACAAGACAUUUAUGCGCAUUGUGUCCUACCUAUCCAACGUAUUUCUAGAUACCGCCUGCUGUUUGAGAGUCUUCUCCUCGCCACGGACAAGACACACUUGGACUACCCGAACCUAGAGAAGGCGUUCAACUUGGUGCGAGACAAGAUCUCGGACAUUAAUCGCAAGUUGGCCAUCUCAGACCAACAGAAUAACUUGGUCCUGCUCAGCUUCCGUCUAGAUGCACCUGUGUUGCCAGACCAAGAACUGUUGCAGCCCUGGCGAACGCUGAGUGGGGAGUACAAAAUCAAGUAUUUGCGUCCUUCGAAACACAAUGUUUAUUCUAUGCAUAGUUGGAUUCACGCCUAUUUGUAUAUAUGCAACGACAUUUUCAUUAUUGCCGCCAAAAGCAAGGCGAACGCCACCACUUGGGACCCACAAGACAAGCUCCGAAUCAUCACAACACAACUCCUAUGGAACAGCUUUUUGAGCCAAGUCGCCGAACAGCGACUCAGCAGGCUCCAAAUCUUCUCCCACGUUCUCCAAAUUCUAAAUCCGGAAGGCUCCUGGAUCAUCGCCUCAGACGAAAAACAACAAAUGGCGCAACUAAAAGAGUGCUUUCAAACCCAACAGAAACUCUACCUUUCCCUGCAUCCCGAAAAACGAUUCGAGCGCAGAAAAACAAAGCAAUCAAUCAAUGACGACUUGAAACUCUGGAUGGCCGCGGGAUUCAGUCCAAACCAAUCGUUCAACAAGAACGGUAAAAAGACGUGUGACUCACCCGUCAAACAAAAAUACGUCACUCUUUCCAAGCUUUCUAACAAGUCCAGCAGCACGAACUUGAAGAAAAACUUCAACAAAAUCUGCGGCGAGUUAGGCAAGGCCAUCACGCGAAAACCGUCUCAAUGAAAUUGUACUAUAUUUGUAUUUUUUUUUUUUAAGAGAUACAGGUCCUUUUUGGUGCCUUCGCGCGCAUUCUCACCCCCUCUCAUUUGGCUCGCUCAGAGCCCAUCAGGAAACUCUAACUGUUUUAAAAGCUGCAUUUGCUGAAGCUCCAAGUCCUGCAGUGCGAGUAUGAGGCUCUGCUUUCGUACUGACAGCUUCAUCAGUUGCGCAACAAUGUCAUCAAAUCGAGUCGCCACGUCUUGUUCCAGUCGAUGCAGUCGAGCCGCCGGCAGUGUCGACGAGCGCGGCACGCCGCUGCUCUCCAACGAAGAAAUGCGGUCGUGGCCUGGCGUAACGUCCAAAAGCGUUUCCACGCAGCUCGCUCCGUAAAGCGGCCGACUUGAAGACAACGGACGAAAUUCGGAAGUAGGAGAUACUGUAACUACGUCACCACUCUGUUGAGAAGUGUACUGAUUUGACACGGGGUAACCCCCAGCGGACUCAUGUUCGAAAAACACUGCGUCUUGAUACCUUCUAUUGUUUGUCUUAUCACCACCAACCGAAUAAACGCGACCAUCUCCUAAAUCGUAA